AGCGAGGAUACCACCGACUACUCACUGGACUGAAGUCAGACAAGCACAUAUAUUCCAGCCACCACAAUAGACCUAUUUCUGUGGGGGGCUCACACACAGACCUCUCCUCUUACUCUGCCUGACAGCUUCGUCCUUUGAAACCCAAACACACGUCAUGGCUGACAGGAACCCAGGUCGUCCCAUUGUGAAGAAAAAGGAGAAGAAGUCCGAGAACAAAACAGAUAAAGAGAAGGAGAAAGAAAAAGAAGAAAAAGUUAAAGGAGCGAAAAAACCAGAUAAAACAGCGAAGAAGUCUGAGAAAUCCGAAGAACAACCGCAGACACAGGAAGAGAAGAAGAAGGAGGGAGAUGGAGGAGCCGGGGCAGGAGAGGAAGCAGAGGGGAAGAUGGAUGGUGUGGAAGAGAAUGGAGAGUUCCAGCCUAUAGACCUGCCACCAUUUGAGAUCGUCACAGGGGAACAAAUGAAUCCGUUCUAUUUCAAGUUCCAGUUCAGGAACGUUGAGUACUCAUCCGGGAGGAACAAGACCUUCCUGUGUUUCCGUGUGGAGACACCAGGGGGCAGUGUGGAGCCUCUGCAAGGCUUCAUGGAGGACGAGCAUGCCCUGGCACACGCAGAGGAGGCUUUCUUUCAGCAGGUGCUCCCUCACUAUGACCCCAACCAGUGUUACGAGGUCACAUGGUACGUGACGUCCAGCCCCUGCGCGGCGUGCGCCGCCAAACUCGCCGACAUCCUCCGUCAGAGGAAGAAGCUUCGCCUCACCAUCCUCUGUUCCCGCCUCUUCAUGUGGGAGGAGCCAGAGAUAGGGGAGGGGCUAAAGGCCCUAGUGGGCGUGGGCUGUAAGUUGAGGAUGAUGAAGCCGACAGAUUUCCUGAAGGUGUGGGACACCUACGUGGAGAAGGAGGAGCAGAUAUUCGCCCCCUGGGAGGACUGUCAAGACAACUAUGUCUAUUAUGAGGAGAAACUGGCCGAGAUCUUGAAGUAGAAAUGUGUAUUACCUUAUGCUUUACUUUUUUAUUUACCAAAUGCUAGAUCAUUAUAGAUGUCUCUUACAUGCAAGUAUAAGGGAGUACCUUCUACUGGUAUCUCUGACAAAGAUAACGUUCUGCGUCGUAGAAAAACAGCCAUUGGUAUUGGUUAGCAAUACACAUUUAUUUUUUGUACUUUAACAUAUAUAGAAUACUUCUUAAGGUAUAUUAUAUUAACGGGAGGGUUUCAUAUGGAUUUAAAAAACAACACAGUUACUUAAGAAGCUUAACUAAGACAGUAAACUGAAGAAAUAGCAACAUGGAGAUAUAUAUA